AUGAAAAUCGGCGAUAUCAAGUUGUCUGCGGCUUUGGACGAAAUCUCAACUUUGAAGAAAGGAUGCGUUCAUUCGAACUCGCUGAAUGAUUCGAACUUCGUCAAGUCGAAGCACCGACAGGACUGCAACUUCGUCAACGGCAUCAAAUCGACACUGCACUGUUGCCACCACUGGCGCAACCCGAUCGUCGGUCAAAUGAACAAAAUCAAGGAUGCUUGUGAAGAAAGUUCAUUUCCUAAGAAAGAGAAAUCCGAAGAACCGGCGACACCAUGGACAUCGGUUUACGUUGCUGGCGCAUGUGCUUUCAUUCAAGCCGCUCAAUUCAGCAUCUUUUUCAGCUCUAUGUGGCCAUAUUUGAGAAAACUCAAUCCACACGCUGAGGAGACACAGUUUGGUUAUAUUGUAGCGUUGUACAGUUUCGGUCAAUGCAUAUCAGCACCAUCGUUUGGAUAUUGGAGCAACCGGAUAGAACAGGUACGAAUACCUCUUCUAACCGGAUUCUGCUUCAUGAUAACUGGGAACUUUCUGUAUCUAUUGCUCAGUUUUUUUCCUCCACAAAAUGUGGUUUUGGGAAUGGCAAUCGCUCGGUUUAUCGCAGGAUGCGGGACAGGUAAUAUGUCACUUCUGAGAGCUUACGCUUCUACCUCAUCAUCCAGAUCGGAUCGUUCUCGUGCAAUCGCAUGUGUGAGUGGUGGAAUCGCUACUGGUACAAUGAUUGGACCAGGCUUUCAACUACUUUUCACACCACUUGGACCUGACGGAAUUCACAUAUUGCCAUUUUUUCGCCUCAAUAUCUACAAUUCGCCGGCACUUUUCUCCCUCUUGCUGAGCGUUGCCGGCGUUGUAGUUUUGAUUUUUGCUUUCGAGGAAAGAUACGACGUGCUGAAGGCCGACGCUGCGAAAGCAACAACGAAGCUACCACCACCAUGUGCCAUAGCAAUAUCUGUCUGCGUUGCAACCAGAUUUAUCCAGAUAUAUGCAACAACCACAGUAGGAACGAUUGGAUCUGCCUUUUCCAUGCUAAUGUUCUCUUUCAACAAAGAGGAGGCCGUAACGGCUAACGCAACAGCUCAUCUCAUUGCUGGAACAAUUGGCGCUGCCUUAUAUUUCAUACUGAUAAUUUUCAAUCUUUUUAAAUGGGUCCCUCCGCGAAUUUCAUCUUUAUUGUGUUUGUGUAUUUAUGCCAGUCUGUUCGUGGUUUCAUACUCAUGGCCAUUCCUUCCGAAUAAAGUGAAAAUGUCUGUGAACGGAUCUGAUUGGGGUUGCUAUUCGGAUCGGUUUGACUGGUGUGAAAAUCUCACAGAGGUUUCACCUUGGAUUUAUUACACUUUCUAUGUCCUUGUCUUUGGAUUCGCUGCAUCCAUAAUGAACGUCGCUGUAACAACGCUGUACUCUGAAAUAAUUGGACCUCGACGACAGGGGACGCUUCAAGGAGUUUUUCAACUUGCCGGUUCCACAGGCAGAAUGGUAGCGCCUCUCACUAUCAGUAUACUAUACUCAAAAUAUGGACCCCGUGUACCUUGGAUAACGGAAGUUGUGCAAAUAUGCGCUAUAAUUUUGCUCUGGAUAGUAUUCCGUCACAAGAUGGUUCCGCUGAAAAUUGAACAAAAUGAGAAUAAUCCUCCUGCAGGGAGGAGUUCUGUGCAUUCGUAA